AUGUCUGCCGAAAAAAAGGAGUAUGCUGAGAAUUGGUUGGGUCUAUGUACGCCUUUCACAUGCCUGAAUCGCAAAGAAAGGCCGACGGACGAAUAUCAAGAAAAAAUUAAUGCAGGAAUGACUGUGACAAAAGUUAGUGCAGAGUCAAAUGACUCACUGAACAGGUUGGCAAGUAUAUUUGAGGGGUUAUUCAGACUCGAUAGGCAAGUGAUUCAGCUGAAAGCCCGUGAAGCUUUUGUUAAAAGCUGUCUCACUGAUGGUGAGCAGUUCAACAUAAAAAUAAUCGCAAAAGGAAUACAUAAUGUUGAUGAGUUAACCAUGCAGAUGGUCAAAGAACACAACAUCGACAAGGAGUCCGUGGUGGAAAUAUUGAACGGAUUGAAGCUUCCCCAAAGAUCUAAGUUAACGGACGCCGUUAAAACGAUUACCUAUCACUUAAUUAACAAGCUCAGUUCUAUACAACAUGAUUUGGAUGAUUCUCUAAGGGAGUAUGACUCCUUCCACAAUGCGUCAAUCGACGAAUACGAGCAUAUGCGCAGGCGGUUCUUUGACCUCACGCUGAAAAGAAAGAAAAACGAGAACGGCAUUGAUUUCUCAGUUUCCAAAUCAGACUUUAUGUUUAUCGUCAAUUCGAAAAAUUGCAAGAUGGUCGACAUCAUAUUCAGCUUACUCGACGACGACGAAAAUGGGGCAAUUGACUGGGGUGCUUUCGAGCUCAACAGCGGAAGAAUAUUAAGCGACGCCAAAGGUUUCGUGUGA